AUAUAAUUUCAUCAUGCCUCCUAAAGCAAGUGGAAAAGCUGUAAAGAAAGCCGGCAAAGCUCAAAAGAAUAUCAGUAAGACUGACAAGAAAAAGAAGAGGAGGAGGAAGGAAAGCUAUGCCAUCUACAUCUACAAAGUAUUAAAGCAAGUCCAUCCUGACACUGGAAUCUCCAGCAAAGCUAUGAGCAUCAUGAAUAGCUUUGUGAAUGAUGUUUUUGAACGAAUUGCUGCGGAAGCUUCACGUUUGGCGCAUUACAACAAGAGAUCAACCAUUACAUCCAGGGAGAUCCAAACCGCUGUGAGACUCCUAUUGCCUGGUGAAUUGGCAAAGCAUGCUGUUUCUGAAGGCACCAAAGCAGUUACCAAAUACACCAGUUCAAAGUGAACGGUAUUCUUUUAAUCCUUGACUAUUCCUAGAAUUAUUCCUAUUACUAUUCCUUAUCGGCCCUUCUUAGG